AUGCCUAAACUCGUUGGUGCCAUUGAUCAGGGCACGACUUCAACACGCUUUGUCAUCUUUGAUCAAAGUGGUGCUAUCGUUGCUCUUCAUCAAAUACAAUCUACCCAACAUUAUCCACAACCAGGAUGGGUUGAACAAGACCCUUAUGAAAUGCUUGACCUUGCCAAAGCAUGUAUGGAACAUGCAGUGCGUAAGCUCAAUGGUACCGGUUACACAUCGUCCGACAUCCAAGCGAUUGGCGUUACCAACCAACGCGAAACAACUUUGGCUUGGGAUAAGCUCACAGGCUUGCCUCUUUACCCUGCCAUUAUUUGGAGUGACGCCCGUACAACUGAAACCGUUCAAAAACUUGCAGCCACUAGCGACAAGGGAAUCGAUGCGCUUCGAUCCGUUUGUGGACUUCCUCUUACAAAUUACUUUUCGGGAGUCAAAAUGCGUUGGCUCCUUGAUAACAUUCCCAUGGUUGCUGAAGCUCAAGAACAAGGUCGUCUACAAUUUGGCACCUUGGAUACUUGGUUGAUCUACAAUCUCACUGGUGGCGCAGAGCAAAAUGGCGUUCUUGUUACCGAUGUAACCAAUGCAAGCCGAACCAUGCUUAUGGAUAUUCACACCUUGCAAUGGAGCGAAGAAGCAUUAAGCUUUUUCGGUCUUGAAAUGCAAACCCUUCCCAAAAUUGCAUCAUCAUCUCAAGUAUACGGCACACUGCAUGAAGGCUCUUUAAAGGGCGUUCCCAUUGCAGGUUGUCUUGGUGAUCAACAAGCAGCUCUUGUAGGCCAAAAAUGUUUUGGUGCUGGUGAUGCCAAGAACACCUAUGGCACUGGUUGCUUCAUGCUUUUCAACACUGGUAAUUCACCCGUGCUUUCUGAUAAUGGUCUUAUUUCCACUGUUGCAUAUCAAUUUGGCGAUGAUGCACCAAGCUAUGCACUUGAAGGAUCGGUUGCCGUGGCGGGGUCAUCAAUCAGCUGGCUUCGGGAUAAUUUAAAGUUGAUUUCUUCCGUGGAUCAGCUCAACGAUCUUGCAGCCGAAGUACCUGAUACGGCAGGCGUUUAUUUUGUCACAGCAUUCGGUGGUCUUUUUGCGCCUUAUUGGAGAGAUGAUGCACGCGGCACUAUUUGUGGCCUUACACAAUUCACAACACUACACCAUCUCGCUCGUGCCACGCUUGAAGCUGUAUGCUAUCAAUCUCGUGCUAUCCUUGAUGCCAUGAACAAAGAAGCCAACACACCCCUUCGUGCUCUCAAAGUGGAUGGCGGUAUUUCCAACUCUGAUCUAUGCAUGCAAAUCCAAUCCGAUAUCCUGGGUAUUACUGUUGAACGUCCUAGUAUGCGAGAGUCAACAGCACUUGGUUCAGCCAUGGCAGCUGGUCUUGCUGUAGGUGUUUGGGAAUCCAUCCAUGAUCUUGCACACGUCAACGUUCAAGGCAAAACCGAUUUUACCCCUGCCAUCAAUACGGAGAAGCGAGAACACAUGUACAAUGGCUGGCAAGAAGCCGUCAAGCGAUCCUUUGGUUGGACUACAUCGAAUCCACAGGCAUGA